AUUUCUUCUCUCCCUUUGGCCCGUCGUGCAGAUCCAGAUCCAGGAACUUCAUCAUGGCGGAGAGUCUCCUCCCACCUCGAUCGCCGACGGAUCUUUUCGGCGAUCCCAUCGACGCCAAGCCGCCCUGGUUCAACUCCUCGGCCUUCCUCGGUGAAGACUUCGAUCCUGAUUCCUACGUCGCUGACCUCCGCACCUUCGUACCCCUCGAGAGCCUCGCGGCUGAGCUCCGCUCCUACCUCGCUGACCUAAAGGCCGAGCUCAUCGAUCUCAUAAACCGAGAUUAUGCUGAUUUUAUUGGUCUCAGCACCCGCCUAGUCGAUGUUGACUCUGCUGCCGCACGCAUGCGCGCCCCGCUUGUCGAGUUCCGCGACAAGGUUGCUACUUUCCGCGCCGUCAUUGACGCCGCUCUCACCUCGAUCCGCAGUGGUCUGCGCCAGCGAACUGAGGCUUCGGCUGCCAGGGAGAUUCUGGAGCUACUGCUCGAUACCUUCCAUGUAGUCUCCAAGGUUGAGAAACUUAUCAAGGAAUUACCAAGCUCUCAUUUUGGUCCAUCAAACACAGAGAUUGUCCCUGCUGAGAAAGUUUCUUCAGCCAAUGCUAAUGGCGCGCUAAAUACAGAAGUCGGGCCAAAUCAUAGAGAAGAUCAAAGCAUUCUUUUGGAAAGAAUUGCAAGUGAAAUGAACCGGCUUAAAUUUUAUAUUAGCCACGCGCAGGAUCUCCCCUUCAUUGAGAACAUGGAGAAGAGGAUACAGAAUGUUACUUUGAUGUUGGAUGGUAGCUUAGGCAAUUGUUUUGUGGAUGGACUAAAACAUCAAGAUGCAAAGUCAAUCUAUAAUUGCUUGCGCGCUUAUGCUGCUAUUGACAACACUUCAGCCGCUGAAGAACUUUUCAGGACAGUCAUUGUGUCACCUAUGAUUCAGAAAAUUAUUCCCCAUGACAACUUGCAGGUGGUUAGUGGUGCUUCCUUAGAUGAACUUGAGGAUGAUUAUCAGCAAAUAAUGCAAGGUGUCAAGAAGGAUUGCAAAUUUUUACUUGAUAUAUCUUCAACAGCAAAUUCUGGCUUCCAUGUUUUUAGUUUCUUAGCCAAUUCAAUCAUUAGAGAGGUUCUUAUUGCAAUUCAAAAAGGGAAACCUGGGGCAUUUUCUCCCGGAAGGCCUGCAGGGUUCUUGAAGAAUUAUAAAUCAAGUCUUGGUUUCCUUGCAUUUCUUGAAGGCUAUUGCCCAUCUAAAUCUGCUGUUGUUAAGUUUCGAUUAGAAGUUGUGUAUCUGGACUUCAUACGACAGUGGAAUGUUGGGGUGUAUUUCUCGUUGAGGUUUCAAGAAAUUGCUGGUGCACUGGAUUCUGCUCUUAUGGCAUCUAAAGUUAAUCCUGUUGACAUUCAUGGGAACCAUCAUAAGUUGACAUUGAAGCAAAGUAUUACAUUAAUGGAAAGCUUGAAAUCUUGCUGGAGUGAUGAUGUUCUUAUUAUUGCUCACUCCGACAAAUUUCUUCGAUUGUCUUUGCAACUUAUUUCGAGGUACUCAACUUGGCUAUUUCAUGGUUUGUCUGCUCGAAAAUCACGAAAUGCUAGCGCAAAUGCAUCCCAGAACUUUGAAUGGGCUAUUUCUGCACAAGUAGAAAUUUUUGUCUAUGUAAUGCAUGAUAUAACUGUACUUGUCGGAGAGAUUUGCGGUGACUACCUUGGACAAGUACUUCAAGCUCUUGGUUCAUGCUCAGGAGAAGUUGUUGAUCUUGUAAGACAAGCUAUGAAUGUUUUUUUGAGCUUGUUUUUAAGCAUGCAAAUGUUGAAGAGAGUGAGGCAACAAAGAGAGGACUUAAGGCAGCUGAAAGGAGUCACUGCAACAUAUAGGAUGACUAAUAAACUUCCUGUAAGGCCUUCACCGUAUGUGUCAUUAAUUCUCAGACCACUGAAGGUUUUUUUUGAAGGAGAGCUAAUGAAGUUUUUAACAAAAGAUGCUCAGAAUCAACUUUUGCACGGUGCAACAGAAAAGAUCACUACUCGGUAUUAUGAACUAGCAUCUGAUACAGUUAAUGUGGCAAGGAAAACAGAGUCCUCUUUGUUGAGGUUGCGCCAAGGUGCACAACGGCGAGUUGGAGCAACUUCUGACGCCCAGGAUAAUAAUAUUUCUGACACAGAAAAGAUUUGCAUGCAGCUAUUUCUUGACAUUCAGGAGUAUGGUCGCAACCUUUCUGCUAUGGGAGUCGAAGCAACCGAGAUAUCAGCAUUCCGUUCCUUGUGGCAGUGUGUUGCUCCUGAAGACCGGCAAUCACAAAUCACAUUUUGAAGAGUUCCAUUCCCGCAAUAAAGGGUCCAUUCGAUUGCAUCAGGAGAUAAGUAGAAUCUGUGCCUGUAAUAUUAUACACUUCACAACUUUUAAAAGCUAAAUUUACUAUUGCUUAGAAGUUUUGUGAGAUGGCCCGAUUGAACAGAACUUAAGCUGUUGUGAUAUGCUUUUAGAGAGCUCAUGGAAACAUUCUUUUAUUUUCUAAAGAUAGGGAUCAAAAACUGUCGACACGAGGCCAUGAAAAAGGAAUUCUCUCUUCAAAUCGUAUAGUUCGUUGCAUUUUAUAUUAUAUGAAAUAUCAUUUUGAUUCCUUCAUUCAACCUCA